AUGCCUCCAAGUCCCGACCCUCUAAUGGAGGCCAACGCGACCAGCAGAGCUGUCUUCAAGGACAGAAUCUUGGAUACUGAUUCGAUGAGCGCUGCAGCUCCUCUGAGGAUUGUUCUUGUGGGUAAAACUGGUGUUGGUAAAAGUGCAGUUGGAAACACAAUCCUGGGACAGAAAGAGUUCAGAUCUGAGAUGAGUAGUCAUUCAGUAACCAGUAAAUGUUCAACAGCUCAGGCCACAGUUUCAGGCAGAUCUGUGUCUGUAGUCGACACUCCUGGAUUCUUCGACACAAAGAUGAAACAAGAGGACUUAGCAACGGAGAUGGCCAGCAGUGUGUGGUUAUCCAGUCCUGGACCUCACGCUUUCCUCAUUGUGUUCAGAAUUGAUGAGAGAUUCACUGAACUGGAGGAAAAAAUUCCACUGAUAAUUAAAAAGAUAUUUCGUGAAGAAGUGUUGAAAUACUCCAUCAUUCUCUUCACUCGUGGAGAUCAGCUGGAUGGAAAGUCUGUAGAGAAGCUGAUAGAGGACAGCAGUGGAUUAAGAUCUCUAGUCCAGCAGUGUGGAGGCAGAUAUAAGGUAUUCAACAACAGAGAUGUGAAUAACAGAGAGCAGGUGGAGGAUCUACUGCAGAAGAUUGACUCAAUGAUACAGCAGAAUGGAGGAGCACACUACAGUAACCAGAUGUAUGAAGACGCUCACAGAUUCAGACAGAGAAAUGAAGAUGGUGGUGGAUUUUUUGAAUUUUUGGACAAAUAUUGGCCGUAUUUUGUUGCAGCAGCUAUUACUGUAAUUCUUGCUAUUAUUGGUGGGCCUCAUAAAUUAGCUUUUUUUGCUGGUAUUGUAUCUGCUAUUGCAGCAACAUUUUCUACUACAAAUGCUGGCAAAACAAAACAACAAUAGCAAUAAUAAUAUCAACAGAACAGAAGCUUGAGAGUGGAAAAAUGUAGCAAGAAGUAUGAAUAAACCUACAGCAAGAAGAUCAACAGAGAAGAUGAAAAGAGAGAAUUCUGAUAUAAAAGUAUAAGGGAUAAAUAACAACAGCUCAUAUAAUGACCCAAAGCUUUUGUUCAAUCAUUAUUCAUUUACAUUUAGUCAUUUAGCAGGCGCUUUUGUCCAAAGUGACUUACAACUGAGGCAAUUGAUUGAAUGUUUCCA